ACAAGGUCGUGGCGCACAUAUCAAAAUAGCAAGCAGAACUUGGGUCUGGCUGUUUUCUCCUUUACAUCAUACGAUCCAUUCACCUCCCCCCUCUUCCAUCUCUCCGUGAAAUCAUCCAUGUUUAUGGUAUUCGAGCUCAGAAACAGUUAUCUCAAAACUUUCUUUUACAAUCAUCAUCUAUAAAUGGACUAGUCAAAUGUGCAGGGAACCUUCGUGGUGCAUAUGUUCUUGAAGUUGGUCCAGGUCCUGGCGGGAUUACUCGGGCGAUUCUUCAGAAAGCUCCACGUUAUGUUGCCGUCGUGGAACUAGAUAGAAGAUUUAUUCCUGGUCUUCAGGAAUUACGGCUUGCUGCUUUUGAAAUGGGGAUCCAAAUGGAUAUAUACAGACAGGAUAUCCUAAAAUUUAAUUGUGAAGGUAUUUUUCCCAUCAGUUCUAUGACUGGUGCAGGAGCAUGGGAGGAGUCACCUGAGGUAGCAAACUCAAAUUUAUUAGAAUCUACAUCAAUAAAUCGAAAUGAAACUUCGCUAGAAAAAAUAAGUUCACCACGCUUGUGUGUGAUUGGAAACUUACCAUUCAAUAUUUCUACUCCUUUGAUUUCUCAAUGGCUUCAUGAUAUUGCUGAGCGACGAGGAAUUUGGCGAUAUGGACGAGUCCCUUUGACAUUGACUUUUCAAAAAGAAGUUGCUGAACGACUUGCUGCGGAUGUAUGGGAUGAACAGCGUUCCCGCUUAUCUGUCAUGUCACAAGCAUACUGCGACGUUAAAUACAUGAAGGAUAUUCCAGGUACUGCUUUUGUUCCUCCACCAAAAGUAGAUGUUGGUGUUGUUCGUCUAAUUCCUUUAAAACAACCGCUUAUUCCUGUACCGUACCCGUAUGUUGAAAAAUUGGUACGUCAAGCAUUUCACUUUAGACAAAAGCAAAUAGUUCGAUGUCUUGAAACAUUGUUCCCUUCUAAUAGACCUGAACUGGUUAUUCAGUUAUUCAAAGAAGCCGGUGUGCAACCAGCCAAACAGUGUAUACAGUUGACAAUGUCAGAAUUUCGAGAUUUAUGCUCUGUAUAUCAUCGUAUUUGUCAGAUUGAACCUGAUGUAUUCGAUUUUGAUUAUCAAGCCCGAACUAAUUUACCAUUGUGGUAUAGUCGUAAGAAAAUUCAACGAGAAAUGUUAGACAGUCCAACUGGUCUUACGGCCAAUCGUGUUCGUCAAGAAAUAUAUGGAUUCACUAUUUUCAAGAGUAGUUAAUUCAGGAAUGAAGUUCAUUUUGAAAACUGUACAAUAAUGUCAUAUAUGUAUUAUGCUGUAAAUAAUAGAUUUUAAACAUGAUUCUUUUGUUUAUCAUAUAAUGAACUAGAGUCAAAUAACUGAAUAUAUAUAGUCUUUUAGUUAAGUUCACAAUUCAAUUUUAAAUUAGUCUACCGUUUAACCAAUUUAGUGAAACGGAUUUUAUGAUGAUGUCAAACAAGUGAGUAAUUCUUUUUCUGAUAUUGUGUAAAUAAAUAUACAUGUGUUUAUUGCAUCAAAUACAUUC